AUGGCUGCUGAAGCUCAGAGUGUGGUAGGUGCAGCCAGGGAAUUCCUUGCUGAGGAAUACAAGAUUUUAGACAAGUUUGAAGAAGUGAUGAACAUCUCUCUUUCUGGAAUCGAGGCGAUCUUUUCGAGCACUGACAUACAAGUAGCAUCUGAAGAUGCGGUAUAUAACUUCUUGCUUGAGUGGGCCCGUGCGCGAUACCUGGAACCGGAGGAAAGACGCGAGAUCUUGAGCAGCCGUUUGCUUCCGCUGGUACGCUUCAGUCAUAUGACAUGUGCCGCACUUCAGGAGAUCCUAGCAUGCACUGAUGAUGAUAUAGACCGUGAGCAAGUAACCAAGCACAUCAAUGAGGUCCUCCUCCACAAAGCUUACCCAACCCAGAUGGAAGGUGCUCUUGCAGCAGAUGUAUCAACUCUCGAUUGGCAAUCUGCUGAGCGAACUUACGGGUCCAAACAUGUGAAAGCGGUUGCGUUUGAUCGACCUUACCCACAGGUUAUAGUUUACAUGGAUCUAACGCGCGCCGAAUGCUCCGGAUUCUUCCCAUCAGGAGUUAUAUUGUCGGACUGGUUCAAUCUCGCAGGUCAGAAAUUCUAUCUCAUGGCAAACUGUGUACUGGAUGAGGAGACAGAGUUGUACAGCUUUUGCCUCUGGUUAGGGAUAUAUGGAAAUUCUAUCUCAGGCUCGUCGUGUUUCGAUAUUGAGUUUGCUGCAAGGACAAGAUCGUCAGGAAAAUUCUUGAGCAAGUACGGCGGUAGGCACACAUUCAGCGGGUCUUUGCUGGAGGGAUGCGAUGAUCUUUUUGGAGUUCCAUGGUCGACGUUCAUUGCGGACGACAGCCUCUUCAUUGACGGCGUGCUGCAUCUGAGAGUUGAUCUGACUGCGGUGGAGCAGCCUGAAUUACAGACCUGA